GGCGGGGGACGCCCCCGCGCAGCUGAGCGGUCGGUCGCGGUUGACCAGCCGACCGGCCCGAUAGGACCUGGCGCCGAGGGAGACGUGAGCUGUGGAGACGCGGAGGAGCGAGGCGCCGCGGCCUGAGUGGACCCAAUGAAAAGAGCAUGACAUUUGGAGGUGGAAGACUUGGUUUCAAAUUCCUGCUCCUUCACUUAAUAAUUUUGUGAUUUGGAAAUAUAUAUGCAAGAUGUUGACAUUGCAAACUUGGACAGUGCAAGCCUUGUUAAUUUUUCUCACCACUGAAUCUUUAGGUGAACUUCUAGAUCCAUGUGGUUAUAUCAUCCCUGAAUCUCCAGUUGUACAACUUGGUUCUAAUUUCACUGCAGUUUGUGUGCUAAAGGAAAAAUGUAUGGAUUAUUUUCAUGUAAAUGCUGAUUACAUUUUCUGGAAAACAAACCAUGUCACUGUUCCUCAUGAACAAUAUACUGUCAUAAACAGAACAGCAUCUAGUGUCACUUUUACAGAUAUAUCUUUAUUAAAUAUUCAACUCACGUGCAAUAUUCGUAUAUUUGGACAGAUUGAUCAGAACGUUUAUGGAAUCAGAAUAAUUUCAGGCUUGCCUCCAGAAAAACCUAAAAAUUUGAGUUGCAUUGUGAAUGAAGGAAAGAGAAUGAUGUGUCAGUGGGAUCCUGGAAGGGAAACAUACCUGGAAACAAACUUCACUUUAAAAUCUGAAUGGGCAACAGAGAAGUUUGCUGAUUGUAAAACAAAACGUGACACCCCUGCCUCAUGCACUGUUGAUUAUUCUCCUGUGUAUUUUGUCAACAUUGAAGUCUGGGUAGAAGCAGAGAAUGCCCUUGGGAAGGUUACAUCAGAUCAUAUCAAUUUUGAUCCUGUAGAUAAAGUGAAGCCCAAUCCACCACGUAAUUUAUCAGUCAGCAACUCAGAGGAACUGUCUAGUAUCUUAAAAUUGACAUGGAUCAACUCAAGUAUUAUGGGUUAUAUAAGACUGAAAUAUAACAUUCAGUAUAGGACCAAAGAUGCUUCAACUUGGAGUCAGAUUCCUCCUGAAGAUACAGCAUCUGCCCGGUCUUCAUUCACUGUUCAGGAUCUUAAACCUUUUACAGAAUAUGUGUUUAGGAUUCGUUGUAUGAAGGAAGAUGGUAAAGGAUUCUGGAGUGACUGGAGUGCAGAAGCAAAUGGGAUUACAUAUGAAGAUAGACCAUCCAAGGCACCAAGUUUCUGGUAUAAAAUGGAGCCAUCCCAUACUCAUGGCUAUAGAUCUGUACAGCUUAUAUGGAAGACAUUGCCUCCUUUUGAAGCCAAUGGAAAAAUCUUGGAUUAUGAAGUGACUCUUACAAGAUGGAAGUCACGUUUACAAACUUACUCAGUUAAUGACACAAAACUGACAGUAAAUCUCACAAAUGAUCACUAUAUAGCAACUCUGACAGCAAGAAAUCUGGUUGGCAAAUCAGAUGUAUCUGUUUUAACUAUCCCUGCCUGUGACUUUCAAGCUACUCGCCCCAUAACGGACCUUAAAGCAUUUCCCAAAGAUAACAUGCUCUGGGUAGAAUGGACUGCUCCAAAUGAAUCUGUAAACAAAUAUGUACUUGAAUGGUGUAUAUUAUCAGAUAAAUCGCCCUGUAUCCCAGACUGGCAACAAGAAGAUGGUAAUGUACACCGCACCUAUUUAAGAGGGAACCUAGCAGAGAGCAAAUGUUAUCUGAUAACAGUUACUCCAGUAUAUGCUGAUGGACCAGGAAGCCCCAAAUCUAUAAAGGCAUACCUUAAACAAGCUCCACCUUCCAAAGGACCUACUGUUCGGACAAAAAAAGUGGGGAAAAAUGAAGCUGUCUUAGAGUGGGAGCAGCUUCCUGUUGAUGUUCAGAAUGGAUUUAUCAGAAAUUAUACAAUAUUUUAUAAAACCAAUAUUGGAAAUGAAACCGCUGUGAAUGUGGAUUCUUCCCACACAGAAUAUACACUGUCCUCUCUGACAAGUGACACUUUAUACAUGGUACGAAUGGCAGCGUACACUGACGAAGGUGGAAAGGAUGGUCCAGAAUUCACAUUUACUACUCCAAAGUUUGCUCAAGGAGAAAUUGAAGCCAUAGUUGUGCCUGUUUGCUUAGCAUUUCUAUUGAUAACCCUUUUGGGAGUAUUGUUCUGCUUUAAUAAGCGAGACCUAAUUAAAAAACACAUCUGGCCUAACGUUCCAGAUCCUUCAAAGAGUCAUAUUGCCCAGUGGUCACCUCACACACCUCCUAGGCAUAAUUUUAAUUCAAAAGAUCAAAUAUAUUCAGAUGGCAAUUUCACUGAUGUAAGUGUUGUGGAAAUAGAAGCUAAUGACAAAAAGCCUUUUCCAGAAGAUCUGAAAUCAUUGGACCUAUUCAAGAAGGAAAAAAUUAGUACUGAAGGACACAGCAGUGGUAUUGGAGGGUCUUCAUGCAUGUCAUCUUCUAGACCAAGCAUUUCUAGCAGUGAUGAAAAUGAAUCUGCACAAAAUACUUCAAGCACUGUCCAGUAUUCCACUGUGGUGCAUAGUGGCUACAGACACCAAGUUCCAUCAGUCCAAGUCUUCUCAAGAUCCGAGUCCACCCAGCCCUUGUUAGAUUCUGAAGAACGGCCAGAAGAGCUACAGUUGGUAGAUAAUGUAGAUGGCAAUGAUGGCAUUUUGCCAAGGCAACAGUAUUUCAAACAAAACUGCAGUCAACAUGAAACCAGUCCAGAUAUUUCACAAUUUGAAAGGUCAAAGCACGUCUCAUCAAUCAAUGAAGAAGAUUUUGUUAGACUUAAACAGCAGCAGAUUUCAGAUAUUUCACAGUCCUGUGGAUCUGGGCAAAUGAAAAUGUUUCAGGAAGUUUCUGCAGCAGAUGCUUUUGGUCCAGGUACUGAGGGACAAGUGGAGAGAUUUGAAACAUUUGGGAUGGAGGCUGUGAUUGAUGAAGGAAUGCCAAAAAGUUACUUACCGCAGACUGUAAGACGAGGUGGAUACAUGCCUCAGUGAAAGACUAGUUCUUGUUACAAUUUCAGCAGUACCUGUAAAAGCUAAAAAUAUUUUAUCUGUGAUUUCAGAUAAAAGUAAUCUUCACUCAUUGAAGAUGACCAUUUGCCCUUAAGGACAAGAAUGUACUGUCCUCCCACAUGGACUAUUUCCAUUCCAGAAAAUCUGGGAUUCUACUUUAAGCACUACAUAAACUGACUUCAUCCUCUGAAUAGCUGAAUGACUUUGUGCUGUUUCAGGAUGUUUGCACUGAAGUAAAACAGAAAGUUUCUCUGAAAUUUGUAAAGUAAAACUGUAUUACCUAGAAAACAGGAUAUUUAAAUAAGCAUUGAUAAAACUUAGCAUGGCUAUACUGGUUUUAGUGUGAAUAGCCAUCAAAUACAGUGACUUAGGGAGAGAGAGAGGAACCAAGGUCUAGAUCCUCUGUAUCGGCUUAUAACAUAAUUUUAAAAGAGGUCCGGGUGGCCUAACUAUAGGAGCUCAACUUUUGUUGUCUGACAAAAAAAAUUGGGGCUCAUUUAUAAUUAUACCAAUACAUAAAAUAUUAGUUCUCUUCCAUUGGUAAUGAUGCUGCCAGUUACUAAGAAAAGGAAUUCUGGAGUUUUAACUUGGCAAAUUAAUAUUAAUUUUUGCAUAUAAUCAAUCCAACUAAAUUUCCCAAAACUCGAUAUUGUUAACAUCUUUGAAAGUCCAUUUCACAAAUUCAGUAGAGUACCCAGCUAAGAGCUUGGAAUGAAUGCCAAUCUUAAGCAUUUAAAAUACUCUUUGCCAUUUAUAAAGACUUAAAUUGUUAACCUUUUCUUUAUAAACAUUUUUGACCUUAAGAUUUCAGAGAAUUCCGGUUGAUGAAGCACUUUAUAUAAUGUCUUCAGCUUAAAAUGUGUUUUAAUUUAAUAUGCUUUGUUUUUAUGUUUAAGUAGGCCAAGACUGAAUUUUUUUUUUUCCUACUGGUGUUUGAAGCAAACUAGGUUAGAGGACUUGGGCAGUAUCCACCAAAACAAAACACACCCCAGAAUGUACAUAUUGAUCUUAGUGAAUAUCAGUUACUAUUUUAAUAUCUGCCAGUUCUGAGGUAGGUGGAACUUAGUUCUACAUUGUGAUUUAGGAAUAUUUUAAACCUCUUCCCACAUGUUCUGUUCUGUUCAAGAGAUAAGUGAGCCAGGCCUCCAGAGUUUAAUGCUAAACCCACUUUCUCAUUUAUGCUAUCUCUCAGCCACAGCGUUUGAUGAGGCAGGGGCUAAAGACAGAAGCUAAUAAGUUAGAAAUCAUUAGUGGUUAAGCACAGCUAUCAAGUAAGUUUGAAGAAAAUAGGUUUUGUUUUUCUGUCAUUUACAGAAAUCAGGCCAAGUUAAAAUAGUUUGUAGAGAUUAUUGAAGAAUAAAAGGUUAAGAAAAAUUAGUAUACAUUUUCUGUUGAACUAUAAUUCUACUCAUUAUUCUCUCAGAAUUCUGUUCACAUUAUACAUCUUAUACUUUUCCAUUGUAUUCUUGCCUAAUACUUCUCAGAGUUCUUUCACAUAUAUGGUCUUUGUGAGGAGAGCAGAUGCUUUAUUCUUAUAUAUCCAGUUCUAUUUUAGGCAAAACCAACAUGAGAUUGGUAGAAUGACAGAAUUGGAAGUAUAUGAGGAAAAUUAGGCACAGAGAGACCUCACACUCACACUACAAGGUAAUGGCAUACCACCAUUUAAGUUGGUCAUCAAAGGCUGGUCCAAAGCAGCAUUAGAUUUAUCUUGUUAAAUGUCUGUCAAAAAAUUUACAUAACAUUUUUCGUUUCCUCAAGUAGUCAUGUUAUUGUAAUUGUUUAGUUGUAACUUUCCUCAUAACAAAUAGCAGUAUUAGAAGAUAGAACAUUCUAGUGUGAAAUUUGUACAUGGAGAAGAGGUAGUUAGAAAACGUAAUAGGAAAUGAGCAUGAAGAGUCAUUUAAGAAAUGAUAUCAUAUAAGCAAAUUUCUCUGUUGAAACUUGUACAGAAUAUGGUGCAGUGAGUAAAAGCCUCCCGGCCACAAAAACACUUUAGAUGAAUGGAUAUGUGGUUACUGUGCAAAAAUCCAUUCAGGAAAUUAACAUUUGCCUCUUUGUGGACAAAACUAAUUCACUGCUUCUGAUACAGUUGCCCUCUUGUAGGACUAAAAAAAAUUAUAGCCAAGCAUAAAUGACAUGUAUUGCUAUUAUAAUUUACUAUUAGUUACCAGUAUCUUUGGUAUCCUACUUUCAUCCCUCAUAAAGGCACGAUUCUGAGUAACUAUUGGAAAAAUAACUUCAAACCCAUUAAAAAUCUAAAAAUUAAGCUUUUUUCUUAGUUUUAAACAUGGAUCAGCCAGCACUCAGGGACAUACCCAACAUAUAAGUAGAAGCAGGAGGAAAAACAAAAUCAUUUACAUGUUCCGUGUUCAUAUCUAUUUCUACCUAGUUCGUUUAAUUUCAACCUUAUUCCUUGGUAACAGAUUUUACACAUGAAGUCAUUCAAUGACCCUAGCUUAUUGUGAAGUUAAGGGCCAAUUAAGUUGAAAUACUUUUUAAAUUUAAAAUGGAACAUCUAAAAUAGCUUUUUAAAUAGAAAUCAAAUUCUGAAAGACGUCUUUUUUUUCUGCCCAGGGUUAACCAGUUAAUAUCAUGACAUAAAUGUAGAGGUAGAAUAAUUAUAUAGUGGAAUUCCUUAAAAUAUUUCUGUAACUGGUAUGUAUUGACCAAGUGUAAAUCAAGAAGGAGAGCUCUUCCAUUCUGUUACACGGGCGUACCUCAAAGAUAUUGCAGGUUCCAGACUACCGCAAUAAAACAAAUAUCGCAAUAAAGCAGUUAGGAAUUUUUGGAUUUCCCAAUACAAAUAAAAGUUAUGUUUACACUAUACUGUAGUCCAUUGUGCAAUAGCGUUAAUAGCGUCUAAAAAAAAAUGUACAUACCUUUUAAAAAAUGCUAACCGUCACUUGAGCCUUCAGUGAGUUGUAAUCGUUUUGCUGGUGGAGGGUCUUGCCUGGAUGUUGAUGAAAAUGCAGUAUCUCUGAGGUGCAGUAAAGAGAAGUGAAAUAAAACAAAGUAUUCCAUAUUCCAUGUCAUUCUCUUGUUUAAAAAACAAAUUUCUGAAUCAUAUAGUUGUUUCUAUAAUAUUGAAAUGGCUAAAAUGUCCAAAUAAGCUACAUAAAACUUAAAGUUCAGUUGUUAAAAACUAUUGGGGUAGCUUUCUGUUAUAGGUCAUGUUAGAUUCUCUUGCCCAGGUAAGAUUACUUUAAAAGCUUUUUUGCACUUUUCUGUAAAUUAAGAGAAUGUGGAGCCAUAAAAUGGCAGGGUAUUUAUAUUUAGCCUAAUGUUGGGCAGUUUCGUACAUUUCAAAGAAGGUGUAAACUGCAAACCUACAGCCUAAUUCUUUGGGCUGGUCCUUGGCAGCAGUUCCUUUUUAGACUGUUUAUAAACAGAAUUCAGAUGUAGGUUGAAAUGAAAUUUUUCAAAAGCAAAUGUAAUAUCUUUUGGACUAAUAUAUUUUUUCAUCAUAUGCUACUAGUAUGUGCAUUAGUAUGAUAGUCUGGUAUACAUUGCAUUAAAAGAAAAAAGAGGCAGCUCUGGAUGAGCUCUUCUGUUAUCCACUUGUUCCAACAUUUUUAAGAGCUUUUUAUAGUCAUUAGGUCGUUCAAACUGGUUGGUUUAACUUCAUUACCCAGUUCUUUAAUACAAUCAAUAGAUCAAGAUGAAAAUGCAUUUAAGGCCAUGGCGAUAAGAUGUUCCAGACCUUUUAUCCCUUAAACACAAGCUUUGGAUGAUAACUACAUGUUUCAAAUACUGUUAACAUGAAUACCAAAAUGUGAUGUAUUAGAAAUAAAGGAAUAUUUUAAAAGGUAGGUAUUUGAAAAUUCUUUAGUCUUGAUGUAUAUGUAUGUUGAAUGAUAUACUCUAAAAAUAAGUGUGCGAUUUGCUAGUACUACAAUACAGUGAUUAUUAGCAUUAGGUAUGUCUCCUCUUUAUAUCCUAGCUGUGUCCCAUUUACCUGUAAGUGCAGUCCAUUCAAGUUCACUUGCUGUUUUAUCCCCACCUAAUCUCUUAUGGAAGGUUUGUCUAGAGAGUGUACUGUAUGUAUUUUUACCUUUGUAGCGCAUUGCAUGUGCUAUUUGUAACCACAGCUGUUGUUUUAAUGUUGACAUAACUCUAAAUGUUACCGUAAAUGUUCUCAUAUAUCAGCUUUGAUCCUUUAAGUAAAUUUAAGAAAUAAAUACUUGUUCAAAUUUUU